GGCUUCUUCAAUUUGUUCAUCCCUGGAACUCCGGAGUAGUUCGACCUCUUUUAGAACACUCUGAAGGCACUUGGAAGUCUGGGACUGGAGCCUCCCCGCCGGCAAGCUACUUCUUCCUUGGCAACUUCAGUUUUGUGGCCAAACCGCAGGCCAAUCCAGUGGGUUUGCGCCGUUGGAAGGGAAGAGAAUGGGAUAAUUUCCGAGGCGGAAGGAGAGAGGAAGGAAGAAUGGAGGCGAAGGGCGACUAAGUGCGCCUUUGGUGGCGCCUCCUGGCGAGGCUUCUCGGAGGAUGGCAAGUCAUUCACUUGAUAUUGAAGAAGAAGGAGAGUAUGUAGAUUGCAGUUCUCCGCAUUCAGAGAGCACUUAUGAAACUGAGAGCCCAGAGGCAUGUGGGGGUGGUUACCCAACUCCUGAAGAUGAAACCAUGGCAUGCUGUUACUCUGUGAGAAGUCAAGAACUUGAUCCUGAGCAUAUAGUUACCUGCACAUUCUCUGUCUCCCUGGCUCUUCCACUUGCAAUCCAAACACCAAAGCGCUGGUCUAGACAAGAAACUCAACGAACAUCACCACCUAAAACACGAGAAGGAUUUAUUCCAAAAAUGCAUCGUUUUUAUCAUAUUGAAUAUUUUCUUCUGCCAGAUGACACUGAUCCUCGAAAAUUAGAUUUGGUCUUACUAGGCUCAUUGGCUAGACUAUAUUUGGAAACUGAGUCUAGGUCAGUGACUCCAAAAGAUGGUGAGCGGCCCAGGUCGAAAAGGACACCCACACAUCAUACUUCAGCUGUGAAACCGUGGCUUGAAAACGACCAGAUCUGGGUUUCAUGGAGCCAUAGUAUUGAAAUUAAUGUCACCAAUGAAUUCCUAAUAAAGCUAAGGGACCACAACAUACAAUUGAGAUUAUGGGAUCUCAAGGAAAAGGUGUGCUCAAAAGCUAGAUUUGGUAAACAGAAGCCUGCUGUGCCGCAUUCAGAUCAUGAUUUUGAAGGUGCUGUAAAGCGAACUGUUUUAUACCAGAGAGACUAUGUAGAACGCAACAAGCCCAAACCCAGUCGCACAAUAAUUAAAACAGAAGGACAUAUUGAGCAAGAGAAACCAGCAGGCAGCACUUCAGCAGCUCGUCCUACUUCAGGUAUAAGCAACCAAUUAGAGACUGGGUCUAAUGUUGAACGUAAAUCCUUUCCUAGAGGGAGUACUGCCCACAGCGCCAUGAAAUCUGAAGAAGAUAACCAAUCAGACAGCAUGGUCAGUUUUUCUGGCAGCAUACCUUCUUCUCUUAAGGAAAGAACUAUCCAGGAGGCCAAAGUUAUAAAGCAGAAGCUCAAUUUAAAACCUUGUGUCAGGGUUACAAGCUCUGCAAAGUCGGCUGCAGCAAAAUUACCAACCCAUGGAGCAACUCAUGGAGAGAAGAAUGAGUCAGUGGCUGGAGUUCUCCUCCAGUUAUCUGAAAGAAGGAAAACAAUACAUAAAAUUAGCGUAGAAAAAAAACCUGUACUGAGCACUCAUAGAUCAUUUGCUAAAGAAGCUGCUGCUCAGGCAGCACUGGCAAGGAAAUUUGGAAUAGCAUUUUUGGAGCUUAGCCUCAUGCCCCUACUCACAGGAGAACGCUAUGUGGCAAGUCAACUGAAAGAGAAGUCCUUUAAACUUUUUGAUGCAUACUUAAGCUUCUCAGUGGAUAAUGCACUCAUGACUGAGAAACAGAAACGAGAAUUAAACCCAUUGAUAAUCAGGAUUAAGUCAGCAAGAGGCUUACCAGCCACUCCUGUUCCAAUUGAAGUGUUGCAGAGUUCAUGUGUUCCUGUUUAUUGCAAAUACAAAUUCCAUAACAUGCCUCCCCAUCAGACUCAGGGUCGAGAUCAUGGAACUGAAGUCUUCUUUAAGGAUAUGAAUGUGAUUUUGAUAGGCACUUUAAAACCUGAAGAACUAAGUGAAUAUCUCAGAGGGCCACCCCUGGAAAUUGAAGUUCAUGACCGAGACAAGAAAAUGGAAGCAAUCAAAACAAAGCCUUCUUUGUUUGGUGAGGAGCCAGGAGACAGCAAACUCAGUAAUUUGAGUUUCAGCAACAUCAAUUUUAGAUACAUGCUUCAGAGUUCUUUUUCAGAGGAGAUUUGGCAUCCUUAUGGGGUAGCAAGAAUCAGCCUGGUUGACUUACUGCUGGGUGAGAAGACCUUGAAUUUCAUUGUACCCAUUCAGAACUGCUCAGUCCAGGAUACCGCUGUUUGCCAGGGAGAAAAUAUUGCUGAGAAGGACAGGGGAGGAGAUGGUUCCCAAGUUAUCCAGUUACCGAUGGGCCAUUAUGUCAAUGCAGAGUCACAUCUUAAAGUGAGAGUUGAAAUAACUGUACCAUUAAGUCCAGAGGAUGAAUUAGAUGACUCCGAAACAUCACAUUGCCCCUAUGGUUGCAUCAUCUAUAUUUUUGACUAUAAAAAUACAUCACUCUUAAGUUACUUGCUGGAGGAGAUUACCAAAAUUAAUGCGGAAGCUCUGCAGCUUGAUUCUUAUCCUCUGCCCAUAAUUCUACAAUACUCUCUCAAUACUUUAAAACUAGACCAUAAACUUCCUUAUGAAGAUGUUUCUCAACUGGAUAUUAUUACUGGAUUUCAUAUACUGGAUGGGUCCAUUCAUCUGUUAGUCUUGGAAGGCCUCAAGAACAAAGGACUUAAGAAACUGUGGAAUAAAAAGAUUGAUAGAUUGCAAGAAGCUAAACGUGGAAGAUUACAAAUAUUUUAUAAUUCACAGCUGUCUUUUCAUCAACGCUUGUACACAGAUCUUGAAGCUAUUGUGUUUCAUAUUCGCCUCUGCAAGUCUCUCACGAGUAUCAUGAAGCAUCCUUUGCUGUAUAUCAGGGAUAUGGUUCCUCAGCCAUGUUUUGAAGCUUUGGUCAGACUUGAUUACAUCUGCCAGGUUACAAGGUUAAGGGAUGUGAUCCAUCACAAUCUUUUGCCUUCUGCAGAAAUGAUUACAAUCCUGAGCCGAGAGUUCGGCAUUCCUCUUGGUGAAGAUGACCUAUUUAUUGAGCAGUACACAACCAUCUCAGACAAAUUUAAUAUUCCAGUCAUGUGUUUGCACAGGAGACGAGAUAUGCGUUCCCCUUUGGAUAACCAGAAUGAAGAGUACAUAUUGAGAAAAAGGGAAAUGGAAAAUCGAACUCCACAAGACUAUAUUCAGGGUAAUAUUGAGAACUUGAACCUGUUCAACAAGAUGAUGAGAAGGGAAGUGCCCCAAACCAUUCGGGCUUUUCCUUCUGAUGGAAAGUCCAUCUUCAACUACAGUUGUCAGGCUUUGAAUUCUGCAGAAAUUACGAAGAAUCUCCUUCGAGUGGAGAUGGCAAAGGUUCCAGGACAGAGGUUUGCUUACAGUCAUAAUUAUAUCUCUGCUAUUUUUGCACCCGUGGAUGAAGAUAUUGCGCGGAAGGCGUCCAUGGAGCAGUCAAGGAAGCAGUGGCUCUCACCAGAAGGAUUUGUAUGCGCCGGAUUUAAGAGCAGCAUUGAAUCUAAUUGCCAUCCUCGUAUGCCAGACGAGGCACGGCAGAUGGAGCUAAAAGAGAAAUGGCAAGAGAACUUUUUCAAUGCUGGCCGGUUGAAGCCAGUUCUGGAUCGAGAGAGAUGGAGCUGGGACAAACGCAAUGAUGAUUUUGAGCUUUACAAAAAACCACCACUUCCAGCUGUGACCUUUGACACUCACAGAGAAGAACCUAAGAAAGAAAUCUGUUGCAACACUGCUCUGAAAGUCUAUAGGCGCUGGCCAGGCACUGAGCUCAUUGUAAGGGGACCAAAAGCCAGUUGCCAGCUUGACCGUUUCCAAGACCUCCUAAAGGAUAAACCUAUGAAGUUGUCCCUAAAGAUGCAGCCUACUCCAGUUGCAGAGAAAUUUGAUGAAGUGGUAGAGGUCAGAUUUGGUAAAGGAUAUGUUCCUGGAGAUGAUCCCCACCGAGGCUUGAUGGCAAAUAUCAAUAUAAUUCCAUGCUACGACAGGCAAAACAAUUUUUUUAAAACUCUGAAAGGAGCAGACUUCAGAACAGUCUGUUAUAAACAUUCAUUUCAGCAUAAGAUGAUGCCCUCAAAACAAGCAGCUUUCAAAGAUCAAAUCUUGCCGGAAGAUGUGCAUGAUGCAGUCCCACAGAAGAAAGAUUCAGUGACUGAAGUAUGAGAACAUGAACAAAAGAAAACUGGAAAAGAAUCGUGACUUCAGACAGAAUUUCCUGUUUACACUUUUUGCUUAGCAGUUUUAACUUAGUAUUUCUUCUGUAUAAUAUUAAAUUGCUUAAGUUUAAUUAUCUAUGA